AUGGUGAUUAAAGAUAGGCUUCCUUUGUUUCUACUCUUUUCAGCUCUUUUGCUAGCCCAGGUGUCUUUUUCUCUGGGUCAUGAUUCUCGUGACCCUGAAAGCCAUCGGAGGGAGUUCCAGCAGUGCCAAGAGCGUUGCCAACGGGAAGAACGUGGCCAGAGACAGCAGCAACAGUGUCAGCAGCGCUGCGAGGAACAGCUGAGGGAGCGUGAAAGAGAAAGAGAGCGCGACGACGACGUUGCGAAUCCACGGGACCCUAGACGGCAAUAUGAGGAGUGCCAGAGACGCUGUGAGAGGCAGGAACCACGUCAGCAACAGCAAUGCCAGAGAAGGUGCGAGCGGCAAUUUGAAGAGCAGCAAGAAAGAGAAGGAAGAGAGAGAAGACGCCAGCACGGGAGAGACGCUGAGGAGAAUACUAGAGACCCUCAACAACAGUAUCAGCAAUGCCAGCAGCGUUGCCAAAGGCAAGAACAGGGCCAGCGCCAACAGCAGCAAUGCCAAAGGAGGUGCGAGGAGCGUUAUGAAGAGGAACAAAGGAGGGAACAAGAGCAUGAAGAGAGAAGACGCCAGCACGGGAGAGACGCUGAGGAGAAUACUAGAGAUCCUCAACAACAGUAUCAGCAAUGCCAGCAGCGUUGCCAGAGGCAAGAACAGGGCCAGCGCCAACAGCAGCAAUGUCAAAGGAGGUGCGAGGAGCGUUAUGAAGAGGAACAAAGGAGGGAACGAGAACAUGAAGAGAGAAGACGCCAGCACGGGAGAGACGCUGAGGGGAACACUAGAGACCCUCAACAGCAGUAUCAGCAAUGCCAGCAGCGUUGCCAGAGGUAUCAGAGGGGCCAGGAGCAGCAAUUAUGCCGGAGAAGGUGCGAGCAGCAGAGACAACAAGAAGAAAGAGAGCACCAACGCGGAGGAUCAGACCGACAAGAUCCGCAACAACGAUACCAGCAAUGCCAACGCCGAUGUCAGACACAAGAGCAAAGCCCACAAAGACAGAGACAGUGCCAGCAACGAUGCGAACAGCAACGCAGAGAACGGGGAGGAGAGGGAAACCCAUCCAGAGAAGGACACAAUCCCUACUAUUUUCACUCGCAGCGAUUCCAGUCAAGACACAGGUCCGAAGAAGGUCAUGUUCGGUCUCUGGAGAGGUUCACAGAGAGGUCCGAGCUCCUUCGUGGCAUUGACAAUUACCGCUUGGUCAUCUUGGAAGCAAAUCCUAACACCUUUGUGGUCCCACACCACAUCGAUGCGGAUUCUGUUCUUAUCGUCGUAAGGGGAAAGGCGACCAUCAACUUUGUGAGGCAAGAGAGAAAAGAGAGAGAGUCCUUCAACCUUGAGUGUGGAGAUGUGCUUGUUGUUCCUGCAGGGACUACUGUGUAUACCAUUAACCGAGACAGUACCGAAAGGCUACAAGUUGUCAAACUCGUCAGGCCCGUCAACAAUCCUGGUCAAUUUAGGGAAUACUAUGCAGCUGGUGCUCAAAAUCCUGAGUCAUAUUUAAGGGCAUUCAGCGAAGAAAUUCUCGAAUCCUCUCUAAAUACCCCAAUAGACCAGCUUGAAAGGGCGUUCGAGCAGCAGGAGCAGAGGCAGGGCGUAAUCAUCAGAGCCUCACCAGAGCAGCUGAGGGCAUUGAGCCAACGCGCCGUGUCGGCCAGCCACAAAGGCCACAAAUCCUCCAGAGGUCCGAUCAGUCUAAAAAGCCUGAGCCCUUCCUACUCCAACCAGUUCGGGCAGUUCUUUGAGGCCUCCCCCGAGGACCACAUGCAACUCCAGGACAUGGAUGUCCUUGUCAACUAUGCCGAAAUCAAACAAGGAGCUGUUAUGGUGCCGCACUACAACUCCAGGGCCACAGUCGUCGUGUAUGUGGUAGAAGGAACUGGACGCUUUGAAAUGGCGUGCCCACAUGUUUCAAGACAGAGCCGGGAAUACCGAGGGAGAAGAGAAGAAGAAGAAGAAGAAGAAGAAGAAGAGAGCAGUGGAGAAUUCCACAGGGUCAGCGCUCGUUUGUCUCCUGGAGACGCUUUUGUAAUCCCGGCGGGUCACCCGAUUGCCGUAGUUGCCUCCCAGGGGGAGAAUUUGCGCUUAGUCGGGUUCGGAAUCAAUGGCCAGAACAACCAGAGGAACUUCCUUGCAGGGCAAGAGAACAUAAUAAACCAGAUGGAGAGAGAAGCAAAGGAGCUUUCCUUCAACAUGCCGCGAGGAGAGAUAGAGGAGAUAUUCGGAAACCAGAGGGAAUCUUAUUUUGUGCCAAAGGAAAGGCAGAGCCAGCGGGGGCAGGGGAGAGACCACCCAUUGGCAUCAAUUUUGGAGUUGGCCGGUUUCUUCUAAAGCAUGCAUAUAUAUAUAUAUAUAUAUAUAUAUAUGCAGAGGAUCGGGAGGGCAAUGCAUGUACGUUGUGUAUGUACGUACGUAGUAUCUAAUAAUAAUCUAAAGACUAGCUAGAGGCGAGUGAGGGUGCAUGUACGCGCGCAAAGCUUUGUGAAAAGUAUGUAAGAAGACG